AUGGCUCACGGAGCGGAGGACUGCGCAACCGUCCUGGAGCAAUUCGUGCACGAUGUGGCGAAUCUUCCGGCUGAGAUCAACCAUUUAAUGGAAGAAAUCCAGGCCAAGGACAAGGUCAUACAGGAAUGUCGCGCCACUAUCAACUCGCGCGACGGCAGCAUCCAGAAAUUCAUCAAGAUGAACGGCAGUCUGGCACCAAACCCGAAGGAAGAGCAAUACGGAAAGACUAUUCUAGAGAACAUGGAUCAAUCUUUCGAACUUCAGACCGAGAAGAUCCAGCUUAGCGAGAAAGCAUGCGUUCUGCUCGAUCGCCAGAUCAAGCGGCUGGACGUGCGCAUUCGCGACCUGGUCAACGAGGGCCUCCUCACCAAUGAUCCUCCUCUCCCAUCUCUUUUCGACUCCAAAAACAAAUACCGCAACCCUCCUAAGGUCUUCUUCCCUGAUUCUACCCCCUCCGAAACCCCCGCCUACUCCGCACCUCUCAACCCGACCUCUGGAAAUGCGAAUCCUAUUCUAGCAGCUGCCCAGCGCCUGAGCCAAUCCACGGCACCGCGCACUCCCGGUUCCAUCACUUUACCAGGCCAUACCGCAGUGCGCAGCUCUGCACCAGCUACACCGGCCGCUGCAGUCGUCCACCUCCAGCAACGGCAGCGCGAAUCCUCUGCCGGAGCAGUAGAUAGCAAACGUCGCCGACUGAACCCAGUCCUCAACACUCUCCCCGCAGCAUCAUCGAAUCUCCGCCAAUCAUCUCUCGGCCCUGGCACACCCAAGCCCGGCACCCCGGCGGGCAGCCGCGCAGGCAGUGCUGGCCCACGCUCCAGCCUCGGCGUCAAGAAAGCACUGACGAAGAAGGUCGCGCCUCACCACCAAGUCAAGAAGCUCAAGUCUCACCACGGCAAGCCGCUCAAGCGAUCUUCCAGCGCGAGUGGUCGUAUCAAAGCGUCGAAGAAGUCUCCCAAUGGCGAGGGCGAUGAGGAUGACGACUCUAUGCUUAGCAGUGCGGAUACUUCGGACUCUGAUAAUGAGGCCGCAGGAGACGAGGAUAUGGAUGAUGAUGACGAGGACGAGGGAAAUGAGGAUUCUAAGGUCUACUGUACCUGUCGUACGGUCAGCCAUGGGGAUAUGGUUGCUUGUGACAAUGAUGAUUGUCCUUACGAGUGGUUCCAUUGGAAGUGUGUUGGGCUUACCCGUGAGCCUGUUGGGACCUGGUACUGUGAUGAGUGCAGAAGCACUCUGGGCAAGUAA